GAAAAAGAUUCCACCACUACUAAACUUCUUACUUAAUUUUGUUUCAUUCGUUGAAACCUGAAAGCAUUAAUUAACCUAAGACUUGACCCUAAUGGAGUCGCCAACAGAUGCAGAAUUUGUCAACUUUGGGAAAUCUAUCAUCGUACCUAGUGUUCAAGAGUUAGCUAAGGACCCCAUCGCCAAAAUCCCACCUAGAUAUCUCCGCCCUCUUCAAGAACAACCUCACUCCAUCUCACCCAAUCAUCACCUUCCUUCUGUCCCCAUCAUCGAUCUUCAGAAACUUGCUGCUGGGGAUUUCGUUGACUCUGAACUUCAAAGACUGCACUCUGCUUGUAAGAAAUGGGGGUUCUUCCAGGUAGUGAACCAUAGUGUUAGUAUAUCAUUGUUGGAGGAUUUCAAGUUGGAGAUUGAAAAUUUCUUCAAACUACCUCAUGAAGAUAAGAAGCUUCUUUGGCAAAAACCAGAUAACCAUGAAGGGUUUGGUCAAUUGUUUGUAGUUUCAGAAGAUCAGAAGCUAGAUUGGUCAGAUAUGUUUUAUAUCACCACAUUGCCACACAAUCUUAGGAACAUUGAACUAUUUGAAAAGCUCCCCCUUAAGUUGAGGCAGGCCAUGGAAAUGUAUUCUAUUGAAGUGAAAAAUCUAGCUUUGAGGAUUUUAGAUUUCAUGGCUAGGGCCUUAAAUAUGGGCACCGAAGAAAUGAGAGAGCUUUUCAAUGAUGGGAUUCAAUCAAUGAGAAUUAAUUACUAUCCACCAUGCCCUGAACCAGAUAUGACCAUUGGUUUCAGUCCUCAUUCUGAUGCUGAUGCUUUGACGAUUCUCUUUCAGCUCAGUGAAACGGAAGGCCUUCAAGUCCGAAAAGAUGGAAAAUGGGUUUCCAUUAAGCCACUUCCCAAUGCUUUAGUAGUUAACAUUGGAGACAUCAUGGAGAUUUUCAGCAAUGGGAUAUAUCGUAGCAUUGAGCAUAGAGCAGUUGUAAACUCAACCAAAGAGAGGCUAUCAAUAGCAACUUUUUAUAGCUCCAAGUUAGACUCGGAAUUAGGCCCUGCACUUAGCCUUAUUGGUCCCAGUAACCCUGCAAUUUUUCGACGAGUCCCUUUGGAGAAAUACUUCAAGGAAUUUUUUGCUCGGAGACUAAAUGGCAAGUCUUACCUUGAUUUCAUGAGAAUUAAAACCGAGGAAGAAAAUGAAGAUUGUAAAAACAAAACUUGAUUCAUUAGCCAAUUAUCAGGAGAAACGUGGAUUGAAAUGUUAACAUAUUUACUUAAGAGUAAACAGACCCAUGACCAAGGUCGUCUCUAGUUCAAAUUUAUCAUAUAGCAUGUUCUUUUUAUCUCUAUAAGCUUAUUAUUGUAGUAUUAUUAUCACAUAUCGAUUAAAUGGCAACGCACACUGUUGUUACUGAUACUGGGAUCAUCUUGCUUCACUGCGAAACAAUAAACCAAGCCUGGUAUUUUUCCAUGGAGUGGAGUCACCAUUAAAGGGUUUAUGUUGGGGAGAAAAACCAUGGGAUAUACUUGAUAUCAUUGUUGAAACUGUUAGAUGUCAAACCGACUUCAAGGUCGGCUAAACAUGGAUAGCAAGGUGGCAAGAAGUUAGCAAUGCAAUAAUAGCAAAAGAUUAGCUUCACUUAAGCGUGUAAUAAGAAAAAAAAAAUAGCCCAAGUUUGUGUGGUGUGUAUAUGUGAAGAGUGCAUUAGCAUAGCAUAGUGUAAGAAAUAGAAGUGUGGGUGUUAAAGUAGAGAGGAAUAUUUACAGCAGACACAAAACAUUUGUAUUACUGUUGUGUAAUAGUUGCGUGAGUAAUAAAAUACUUGUUUAAAUCUUGAUUUCGUUUA